AGUGGUUUCCCCGUUUUAAAUCACAGUACAGUUCCAAUGUAAUUAGUUUCGAGUUUUUCUGAUAAAAAAUGACAGAAAAGUGCUACAAAACGUCUCUGAUUCGAGAUAUUGCUUCUCAGAAUGUGGCUACCUAUCAACAGCUUCUACUAUUCGUUCGAAGUGAGUCACAAUUCAUUGGCAAUGUGGAAGGUUUGCGUAAACCGGCACUAGAGGCAACGGUUUUUAUGCUGAUUAUGAAGCUUCAAAAGUCGGACGGCAAUUUAUUACCGGAGCUGACCUGGAUCAGUUUGGACAAAUUGUUUUCCAUGGUCGAACUGAACCAUCUGUACCUGCAGAAGGAAGAAGAAUGCUUUGGAUUAAUGCUCAAUAUGUUGGCACUGGUUGUAAUGUUAGAUGGAAACGAUUCGGAUUGCAUUCAAAGGAUAGCGACAUUCGUAGAAAAAGUUCAAAAAGAUUUCUCCGAAUUGCCAGUGUUCUAUGAUGUUCUGAGAACGCUUUUGAUUGUUUCGCUGGAGAAAGAACUGCAGUCGGCAUUUAGCGAUUUGGAUGCUUCGAUAUUGAUAAAAAAUCUUUAUUCUGAAUCCUAUCACGUAAAGAUAAAAUCGUUAGCGUGUAUAAAACUUUUGGUUGAAAUACAACCGGAAUUGAUCCAACAAUGGCACAACAUUCUGGUACGAGAAGAAAAGCUUAUUUCGUUAGAACAUCGCAGUUUUAUGCUUUGUCAUCUAAUUGAAACUGCAGUUCAAAGAAGAGACCAGAAUGCCUUGCAUCGAAUCGUUGACGACCAGAACACCUGGCGCUUGGUGAAAGAAAACUGUCAAUGUGAACAUCAGCUCAUUCGCAAGGAGGCUGUGUCAGUUUUGAAAAAUGUCUUGGUUUUCCUAAGCGAGUUUAGAGGAGUUAUUCAGAAUGACUUGUUCCGAUGGAACCUAAAGGAGUCGAAAGAAAUCGUCGCUGCUUGGCAUAGUUUUGUAACGAUUAUCGAUGCGUUGAACGAAACACAAACACACCUGAUAAUGCCCGGUCUGUUGUUGGUAGACAAGUUAACCAUUCUCGCUCCAGCAUGGCAAGCGUUAGUAUUGAUACUAAUAUUGAAACACGAAAAUCAAACCAUUUCCGCGUGGGGACUUCAAUACUUGUUGGAGCAUAGUCAGUAUGAUGCUAACCGGGUAGAGUUGGAGGUUCUAUUUUUGAGCUGCUUAAAUAAGACAACAAAUUUCAAACAAUUUGACAGGACAAAACAAAGCCUUGUUCGUUAUUAUUCCCAACAAGAAGCAUUUAAUUUCCUGUUGAUGCAAUGCAAAGAUGUCAGUUGGGGUUCGGUGUCAUUUGCGUGUAUUCUGGAAGUGAUCGAUCAACUGCUUGACUCGACGCAUGACGUUCCGAAUUUGGCUGCCACGCUCGGUAGCCUCAUUGGAAUAUGUUCCACAGUGAAAAAUCAAAACCUGCGUUGUUUGAGUGCACUUAAACUUUCUCAGUUACUGAUAAAUUUGGCACUGCGCAAAGAGCUUCAGGCGAGUAACGUUCCACUGGAUCGUAUCAUCAUUUGGCUCGAAACACUUGCCAAAAUAACUUCAACUAGUCCGGUAGCUUUCGAACGAUGGAAAGAAGUUCGACAACUCGUCGAUGGUGUAACGUUUGAAAGGCUGCUGCUAAAGGUGAAACCAUCGUUUGUCAACACGAUAAGAAAUGUGCUGGUGCCGUACAUGCGGAACGAGCGUACCUCGAUGGAUCGUAGGCUGAAGCAAAUUCUGGAUCGAGAUUUGUUGUUGGCGAUAAGAAUACUACAAUAUGGUAAAAUUUCUUUCGCGCAAGCACAAGUGAAGCAAAAAUUUUUCAGUCUUUUAAAAACCUUCAACGAUGAUUCGGACGAAACGCUCAAAUCGUUGGAAAUCUUUCUUGAAUUGGUAGCUGUUCAACCGCCUUGGUUGGAUGAAAUCGUGCAAAAACUGAUAAUCGUUCUGCACAAAAGAUUGAACCGCCUGAGCUAUCAAACUUUAUCAGUAGCUGUUACAGUAAAGAUCGUUUGUGUGUUCUCACGACUGAAUCGAUUCGAUAUGGUGGAUUUAUUUUUGGGAGCAUUUUCGCUCGAUGAACUGAUCAAUUCGGUUCAGAUUGGUAACUGUGACAAAUCCUACUAUGGUCUAAUAUUUCCUGCGUUGAGUGAUAUUUUCCUGCAGAGAUUGAAAAUUGGGUCCAGCAAAAGUGUGGCUCAAGAAAAAAUCAUCAACGAUUACCGGAAAUGGAUCGAUUUAGGUGAUUUACACGUGCUUUCAAAUACGAUGGAAAUAACGGAGUUCAUUCUGGAAAAGCACUUGCUAGAUUUGAACGAUGAAACUAAAUUUGACGGACUAUCAGAGGUGGUCGAUCGAUGUUACAGGGAAAUUCUGAUCUACAGGAAGUCGGAUCAGUUCAUGAAACUGAAUAGAAUGUUCAUUGGCAUGCUGUUGGCACCUUGGGCGAGUGAAGAUCAGACCGAGAACCUCGACCACACUCGAUGGCUGAAGGGCGUAGUGUCCGACUAUUUUCAAGUAUUUCUAGAACAGGCCGGAGUCAUAACCGGGCUGGCUAACAUACUGUUCAAAAAGCUUCUAAUGCUACCAAUCGAGACGGUUUUGGAUUGGACUAUGUUUGGUAAAAUAUUGUUGAUAGGAUUGUUGUUUGGAGAUGGUCAAAAGCGAGAACAAAGGAUAGAAGACGAAACUUGCAUAGCAAGUAGCUUUUAUGACACGCCCUUCUUCAAAUCUCCAAUCCAGCUUCAAUCGGAUGCUAGAGUACGUAUUCUGUGCGUCCUAUUCCUGUACCGUUUGACAACGACCAAUCAUCCGGAUGGUACGUUGUUUCUGUUGAAACUGGAAAGAAUGUUGAUCGAAAAGUUCCAGCAAAUAAGCCGAUCCAAGGAGCGAUACUACGCCGACUCGCAGACCCAUCGUCACAAGCUUCGAAUAGUUCAAACAUUGUGCGUAGUUUCCAAGUUAACGGGAACGAAGCCCUACCCGCUGCUGAACAUUGUUCUGUACGAGACCAACCAACCGAACAUCAACUAUCUGAUUGAGCUAAUCGUCGCAGACUCCACGAUCGACACUCUAACGGUAAUCAACUCCCUCAAGACAGACAAGGUGAAGGUAUCCGGCGUUCAGUCCGUUUUCGUAAUUCUUUGGUUGCGCUGCUGCAAAACCAAUUUCCUAGAUGUGGAAUACGUGAAUUUCUUACUUCCCUGGACCAUGGCGCAAAACUUCUCAACUAGACUGUAUGCACAAAUCACCAUCUCAAAACUGAUUGAAAAGUUCUACGACAGGCCAAAUCAACCGGAUGUGUGUCCAUUCGCGAACAUCUAUUCGGCGAUUAACAGUUACCUGAAACAGGGCAACGUCGAGAAAAACUUGGAAAAGUGUAUGAAGGAUUUCCGCUUCAAUAGCAUAUUCGAUUACGAAAAUCUGCUCACUCUGGAGAACGUCUACAAUAACAUUCCGCGAGUUUCGCGGAUGGCUCCGGAGGACGUGGUGUCGACUAAAAUAUUGAAAGAAUGUUUCGGUUGUUUGGAACUGGACGAGGUCAAUCUGGGAAAGGCGAUUGUGUUCGAUGAGUCGAUAGAUGAAACGAAGGAGAAUUUGUUCCUCAGCCAGGGGUUCGGUGGAUCGGACCACAUUCAGAAGAAGAUUGUUCCGUUGAAAUGUUUGGAACCGAGCAUGGAAUUACUGACCAAUCUACCGGAGCGAUUGUGCUUGCGGCGAAAGAAUAACUCGCAUGGACUGAUAGUUGUGGCAAGUCUGGUGAAUCGGCCCCCCAAUUUGGGCGGUUUGGCGCGAAGCAGUGAAAUCUUUGCCGUCCAGCAAUACAUCGUAAAUUCACUGAAGGAUCUGGAAAAUAAAGAAUUCCUAGCGUUGAGCAUGACGGCCGAAAAAUGGUUGAACGUUGCAGAGCUAAAAUCAUUCCAAAUCGUGGACUACCUUAUGGAGAUGAAAACGAAAGGUUACUCCAUAGUGGGAGCUGAGCAAACGACUGGUAGUCAGCCCAUUCAGAGUAUUCAAUUCCCAAGGAAAUCAAUUCUUGUCUUGGGACACGAAAAGGAGGGACUUCCUGCCAACAUCAUAUCCCACUUGGAUAUCAUUGCAGAGAUUCCGCAGUUUGGUGUGGUGCGAUCGUUAAAUGUUCAUGUCACAGGAGCUAUUUUCAUGUGGGAAUACGCCAAGCAACAUCACGUAAUCAGUAGCAGUUGAACUACUAUGAAUGAAUCUGUUCUGUUAUCAAUUUCAGAGUGUUUAUGAAAUAUAUUUUUUUUAACAAUGUCAGUAAUUUCAUUGUCUGACAGAGUCAGACUUCACGAAUCAUAGUUCUAAUAAAUCAUUAUU